UCAGAUACUCCAGUAUUUUUCUAUUUUAUUUUCCAUAUCACUCAACUGUCAGUGUUAUCUGAAUGUGAUUGUGUAACAAAAAAGUAUGGCGGAUGCAACUGAUGCAACUGACCAGGUUUUACAAGAUAUCAAAGCUAAUCUAGCAGCUGGAUAUCUUGAUGGAGGAGGGCGGCAUAAGACAUUACGUGGAUCAUCACCGAAUGAUGUCCGUGUUAAGUUUGAAUAUUUAGGAGAGAAGAGGAAUAUAUUGGUUUCAAGACCUGUUAAAUUUACAGACUUGCUAAGCAAAGCUAAGACUGCCUAUGGAGCAGGACUUACACUUGUGUUGCAUUAUUCCAAUAAUGAGUUUAUUAUUCCUGUGACAUCACAAUCGGCUUUAGAUCAGGCCAUUGAGUUGAUGGAUAGAGUGCCACGCAGCAAAGGAAGCAAAGCUCUACGACUUUACCUCACUACAAGUGGCGAAAGCAGGCCGUCAGUAUCAAGUACUCCGCCAAAUGGACCACUAAAAGAUCUAUUUGACACACAUAUCAGCAAUAAUAACAGCAGCAAAUCCAUUCCAGUAAACAGAUCCUAUUCUUUGCCUCAGGAUAUUCCAGAAAAAGGCUUAGAAAGCAACAAGAGACAUUCGGCACCACCGCAUCAAACGAGGGAUACUCAUUCCCCGCCUCCUGGUAUCACACCGGAUAGUGAGGAAAUGCCGCAAGCUAGUUCCUUUGAUUCCUCAUGCGGGGAAGGCAGAUUUAUUCCAGAAGAAGAUUCCAGAGAGACUGAAUACAGGUAUGAUAGCCAAUCAUCUUUAGUCACAACUAAUUACAGAACUGGUGGAUCACUAGGAAGUGCUACUGGUAGAAGCUUUCGAAUGGGGGCAAAAAGUAACAGCCAUGAAGAUUUCUCACUCGGAGGGGACGCCUUCAGCAAUGGCGAUAAAGUUGGGAAAGGUGGAACAUAUCCAAGAAUACAUAAACAACAACAAACUUACAUGAGGGACUACGGAGAUGGUAGGAGAACGUUUCCAAGCCGUCAUCAACCUGCGCCUAGUCCAGCUCCGCUCAGAAGAGACCAGUUCAGUCCCCAAGGAAGUGGUUCACUGAGUAAGAGUAGUAAUAGUAGUGGUAUUGGUCCUGAUAUUGAAUUGGAAAGAGAACGUAGAAACAGUGAUUUACAGAAUAUCAUGAGAACUUUACAAGAAAUUAAUUUAAAAGAAAACGCUAAAUCACCAAGAGCUCCUGAAAACUGGAGAAGAGGUCGACUGAUGGGGCAGGGUGCCUUUGGUCAAGUCUAUGUGUGCUAUGAUGCUGAUACAGGAAGGGAGUUGGCAGUUAAACUAGUGCAGCUUGAAAGAGAAAAUUGUGAAGCUAGAAGGGAAGUAAAAGCAUUAAAAGUUGAAAUAGAAUUAUUAAAAAAUCUUCAUCAUGAGAGAAUAGUGCAGUAUUUCGGUUGCGGUGAAGAUGAAAAAAUGCUUUGUAUUUUUAUGGAGAUGAUGCCUGGGGGGUCAGUAAAAGAUGAAAUUAAACAGUAUGGUGAACUGACAGAAGUUGUCGUCAAGAAAUAUACAAAACAAAUACUAGAAGGUGCUGCCUAUCUUCAUAGCAAUCACAUUGUUCAUAGGGAUAUCAAAGGGGCAAAUAUUUUACGAGACGCUGUAGGUAAUGUGAAGUUAGCUGAUUUUGGCGCAUCUAAACGAUUACAGACUAUUUGUACGCUCAACGGUAUGAAGUCUGUGACAGGGACGCCAUAUUGGAUGAGCCCCGAGGUAAUCAAUGGAGAAGGGUAUGGAAGGAAAGCUGAUGUAUGGAGCAUUGGUUGUACAGUUGUUGAAAUGUUCACAAAAAAUCCACCUUGGUCCGAGUUUGAGGCCAUGGCUGCCAUCUUUAAAAUUGCAACGCAGCAGACUUCGCCAGAGUUGCCACUCCACGUUUCAGACGAUGCAAGAAAUUUCAUUUGGUUGAUAUUUAACAGGAAUACACAAGAAAGACCAAGUGCUGAAGAACUUCUUAUGCAUCGGUUUGUUCUGAACUCUCUCAUAAUGGAUUGAAGCAACUUCAUGUGUCGUUCUAUGAUUAGCCUCAUGCAGCAUUGCUGGAAUACAUAUGUUUGCUGGGGACUGACCACAGUACAAUUUCUCAAGAUUUUUACUGUGUCACGUAACCAUGCAUUUUACCCUGAACAAUUGACAGGAAUGAUUUCCAGGUAAUGCCCGUUAAGGAAUAAUAAAGGUGUUGCAGGAUCCAGGGUGAGCCAUGUACCAUGAUCUGGAUAUUAUGGGAUAGACUGAUAACAAGUGACAACAAUUACCAAUUAUGUAAUAAUAAUACGAGGACAACAGACACGAAUAAUAUGGGACAGUCUGAUUUUUAUUUAUUCCAUUGAAUGUGUUCUCAAUGAAACUGUAUCUUGAUGGAAUUGUUGCGACC